UGUCGCGGCGCGAUGCGCGCGAAAACAUAACUGUCAAUGUCAAAAUGAGUUACGCGGCGGCCAUGUUUGACAAUUUUGACAGGUACGAAAUUAAAAAAAAUAAGGAUUCGAAUUGUUGUGACGUUAAAAGUGAGCGGGAAGAGGAUGAACAUGUGCAGCACGUGUUGGGGCCUAGUAGGCGGUGCUUGGCGUGGGCCUGUAAGGCUUGUAAGCGGAAAACCGCGGCGGUUGAUCGGAGGAAGGCAGCCACGUUGAGGGAGAGGCGGCGGUUACGGAAAGUAAACGCAGCAUUCGAAGAAUUAAGAAUACGCGCCAGGGCUGGCAGCGGGCGGCUUCCAAAAUUAGAAAUAUUACGAGCUGCAAUACAACAUAUAGAGAGGUUACAGGCAGCCCUACGCGCUGCUGCUGUAUUGGAGUCCGAAAGCUGCAAAAACUACGUGGAGCCGACAAGUUCGCGAACUGAGAAAGAAAAAUCUGAUAGAGAGAAACCCUUUUUAAAUGGUGAAUCUCCAUGUGGUCUAAACAGUUUAGCUCGAUUGCGUUGUAUCGUACAAGCUUUGGCGAAAGACAACGCGUGACGUCAUUUGUGUAUAGGCUACAAUCUAGAUAAUUCUAUUGUUUAAAUUAACUUUAUUAAAAUAUAUUGGACAAGAAAUUUAUGUCUAAACAGCCAUUAUAAUAUAGAAUCAGAUUUAUUAUAUAUUCUUUAUUAUAAUUUAUUUAUUUAUAAAUAUAUUCAUGUGAUACAAGAAAUUUAUGUCCAAAUAGUCAAGAUAUGAGCUAUAGUUACUAAUAUUAUAAAGCUGAAGAGUUUGUUUGUUUGAACGCAUUAAUCUCAGAAACCACGGGUCCGAUUAGAAAAAAGAAGGUAGGUACAAAUUAUAAAAAUAUUAUUUAAUUACUUACAUAGCUUAUAAUUUUCUUGUAUUAUGUGAAUAUUAAAAAUAGAAAUAAAUCAUUUAGGUACCAUCAUGAAUAUAUACAAUUUCAGUAUUUAGUACCUAAUAUAUACUUACAUGAUACAUGUCUAUUGUAAAUUCGUAAGUGAUCGAAUUGUAAUAUAAAAGUGGGUAAUUUCGAAAAUUGUGAUAUCUAUGUAAAAACUAGGUAAUUAUGUUGAAUACCCGACGAACGUUGUACUGCCUAGACACCCUUAUCACACAAAAAAAACAUCAAAAUCGGUCAAGCCGUUUCAGAGGAGUCUCGUUACAAACAAUUUGAAGCUAGGAUUUUAUAAAAAUAUAUGUAUACUUACUUAAUACCCUACCUACAUUAGGUACCUACCUACAUUUUCGAAACUGGAUAGGUCCUACCCAUUUUUCGUAAUUUUUCUCAAUUUUUUUAAACCAAACAUUUUUCGAACGUCUAUUAUAAUCAAAAUAUUGAAAAAUGAAACUGUAGGUACAUUUAAUUUAUAUAAAUGUAGAAUAAUAAGUCUGUGCCUUAUUACCUAGAAAAUAUUACAUUGUCUGUGCUUAUAUUGUAUAGUUAACUUAUUGCUCACUAGAUAUAGGUAAUAAAU